AUGGGUGAUGUGUAUCAAGAAAGCAGUGGCAUUGGGAAUAAUAGUGUAAGGAAUGGGAGUGAGAUUACCAGGCAGGAUAUUCAGGCAGCCAUUGCCAAGGCUGUGGAGCUCAGAGCACUUCAUGCUGCUCUAAUGCAGCAGGGGAAUAGCCCUGCUAAACUCAGGUUCCCAUCUGCUUCCCCUGUUUCCAGGCACACCCACCAUCUAUCUGCUCAGGACUACCCUGUUUUCACACCUACAUAUGAUGAUGAACCACUACCAGGGUACCAGCAAAUGCUCCUAGAGAAUCGAAGCUAUGCCGAGAGUUGGGGGGAGCAUACCUUGGAUGGAGGGCAUAUUGACGAGGCCUUGAUGGAUUACAGACCCAUGAAUGUUUCUUCGAGGAAAGGGCCGCCAUCGGAGCUGACAAACUUCGAGGGGCACGUGUGCCCUGCAGAUGAUCAGUAUUCAUUUUCAGGUUCCUGCAGCAACAACAUCCAUGGACUUAGAGCAUCACCAGGGCCAGAUCGCUCGAGAAACAGCAUGGGAGAUGUUAAAUCCAUUUCGUCGUGCAACAAAUGCAAGCCUGCAGUGAUAAGCAGCGAAUCAGACAGCACGAACAAAAGAAAGUCUAACAUAAUAGUCCCGUUGACAGAUUCACAUUCAUCGGUCCGCCCACAGCCAAGAAACAGAGGGCUUGGCUUAUUGCGGCUGUUCCCGAGACUGAAGAAGAAGACCAAGAAUGAGAACUCACCAGCCCACCACCAGCAUGUGGAUGAAGUGUCCCAAAUGCUAAAGGAUUUAGGGAUGACAUCCGUCGACACACUGAGGAAAGAGCUAACAGAAGCAAAUGAGAGCAGAGAUGCAGCAUUGGCUGAGGUGGCAGAAACAAAGUCAUUGAUGGGGGAGCUCGGGCAGAAACUCGAGUAUUUGGAGAUGUACUGUGAGGAGCUGAAGAAGGCCCUGAAACAAGCAGUGCAAUUGAAGAUCACACAGCCGGCAGAAAGGCUUACAACUCUCACCAGAAAAGGGAAACCGGUGGAUGGGGCUGCAGGGAAUUCGAUGCCAGUGAGUGAGGAAGUAAUGGUGGAAGGCUUCCUGCAAGUUGUAUCAGAAGCAAGAUUAUCAGUUAAGCAAUUCUGCAAGACACUAAUAGGGCAAAUAGAAGAAACUGAUCGUCCCUUAAUGGAUAAUCUGAAUUCACUGCUUCAACCUUACAAGCUCUCUCUAAACUCCAAAUACUCCAAAGCAGUCCUGUACCAUUUAGAAGCUGUAAUAAACCAAUCGCUCUACCAGGAUUUCGAGAAUUCUGUCUUCCAACGAAAUGGUGCCCCAAAGUUCUUGGACCCUCAACAAGAUCGCCAAGCUAGAUUCCAAUCUUUCGUUGCUCUGCGAAACCUGAGUUGGAAUGAAGUAUUGAGGAAAGGAACUAAGUACUACAGUGACGAAUUUAGCAAGUUCUGCGAUCAGAAGAUGAGUGGGAUUAUCUCGACUCUGGGGUGGACUAGAUCAUGGCCCGAGCAGCUCCUACAGGCAUUUUUUGUGGCUGCAAAAUGCAUCUGGUUGCUACAUCUGCUAGCCUUCUCAUUUCCUCAGCCUUUGGGUGUUCUAAGGGUAGACGAAAACAUGGCUUUUGACCCUCACUACAUGGAUGAUAUCUUUGCAGACAGGCAAAGGUCACUGGGAGGUCCUAGUCGGGUCAAGAUCAUGGUAAUGCCCGGCUUCUACGUGGUUGAUAGAGUACUUAGGUGUAAGGUUCUCUGCAGAUGUAAACCAGCAUCCUAGUUAGAAGUAGUUUUGGUUACUUUCUUUCCUUCUAUUUAAUUUACCCAGACACUCCAUGAAUCACAAUCCUACUUGUAAUUUCUAGUAUUAAACUUGUUCAUUUGUUGUGCUCCUAAUCAAUCCAGAAUGAAUUCAAAUAAAGUUUAGCUUACCAGCAAGAAGUAGACUAUCC